UGGCAAAGCAGAGCCGAUUCAUCCUUCAGUCGAUCCAGUGGCCUCCUGCUCGCGGCUGGCCUAUCCCCACCUACCCAACCAGAGCUACACAUCCCCCGCUUCCAGCUUGGCACAGUAGAACCGAUUCGUCAAUCCGUCGAUCCAGCGGCAGCAGCACGGCUCCUCGCCCUCCUGCUCGCCUAUCCCCGAAGCGAAAUAGAGCUGCAUCCCCGCCUUCCUCUCCCCCUCAAAUCCUACUAGAUCCACAUAGCACAAGAGCUUGGAGAGAUCCCGAAUCCAAUCCAAUCCCCAACGGUUCGAUGGAGAUCAACUCCCUCCUUGGGAGUCAGACUCGACAUCUUCCGAGAUGUACGGACCAGAUGUUGAUAUCCAUUCUCAGAGAGCACCGUGCGUCGGAGCUCGACCUCUGGCAAGAAAUCGAUGCCAUGAGCGGUAAAAUACACGACCAGUACCUCUUGGUCAAGACUGCCACGGAAGCCCUGAAGACGGAUCACGGGACUUGGUGGCCGAAAAAAUUGGUCUCCAUCCCCAACACCUCCCAAGGUAAUUCCCCCAACUCCCCUAAAUUCGUGGGGACGAAGACGACGAUGGAGUUUAAACCCGCGGAUGGCAGCAAGCCGGUUGUUGGCAUGACACGGUACAACCUACUUACGACUAGGGAAGAUGGUGAUGGAUUGGAUUUGGAUGAGGAUCUGGCUUUACGUCAUGUCUUCCCGCUGGAAGGAAAAGGCAAGGGCACCCGAAACCGGAAUGGCAAAAGAUCACGAUCAGGAUGUGAAGUGGAUCCACACGAACCCAUUACCCAUGACGGCGUGGAAGAAUUGGACCAAAUGAUGUCCAAUUCCAAAAAGUAUCCAGUUCUAGACGCGGGCAUGGAUGUUCAGGAUCUGCUCUUCGCUGAUCAACCGUCAAAACAGUGGCAAAGCUUCACCAAGAUACACACCAAAAAUCCCAAACUUACGUACGCGGCGUGCAACCACUGCGACACGGUGUUGAAGUUAACAGGUGGUACCAAAUGUGGCACCGGCUCCCUCAGGCAUCAUAAUGACUCCUGCCGAUGCAAACCCAAGCAGGAGCAGCUGCCCGGCAGCUCUUCAUCGACGCCUAUUCCGUCCAUUGCAUUGCAGGCCAUCGCGGAACAAUUAUAGGUAGUGCAGUUCAGAUCAGAGGUAGUUUAGAUGAGGUAAGAUGUAGUGUAGUUGAGACUGAGCUGCCUCAAAGAGGAUUGAUUGCUCGUCUCGCGGUGUAAAUCCUUGUAUUCAUUUGUGUUUCAAUGAGGACAGUGAAUACGAAGUGGAGGUGUGGAUGUUUGCCA